GCGCAUUCACACAACGAUCCUUUCGCUGGUUCAUCGCCGCGUUCUCUCAGCCCCACCUUCGGACUGGUCUUCAGCGCCAUGGACCGGCUGGACGCAGCAGGCUUCCUACAGAUCUGGCAACAUUUCGACGUGGAGGAUGCCGGUUACAUCGAAGGGAAACAGCUGGACGCCUUCUUUAAGCACAUGUUGGAGAAGCUGGGGGUGAAGAGGGACGAGAUAACGAAGGACAAACUCCGGAGACUCAGGGACAGAUUCAAGUCGGCGUGUGACACAGCUGGCGGUCGUCUGCAGAUCCAGGAGAUGGCGACCGUGAUGCUGCCUGAGGAGGAGAACUUCCUGCUCCUGUUCCGCAGAGAGACACCGCUGGACAACAGCGUAGAGUUCAUGAGGAUCUGGAGAAGCUACGACACCGACAGCAGCGGCUACAUCUCAGCCGCUGAGCUCAAGGGCUUCCUGCAGGACCUGUUCCUCCAGCACCAGAGGAGCAUCACAGCGGAGCAGCUGGAGGCGUACACGCUCACCAUGAUGAAGAUGUUUGACAAGAACAGGGACGGCAGACUGGACUUGAACGACCUGGCCAGAAUCUUGUCCCUGAAAGAAAACUUCUUGCUGAAGUUUAAAAUGGACGCCUGCAGCCAGGACGACCGGAGGAGGGACUUUGAGAAGAUAUUUGCUCACUACGAUGUUAGUAAGACGGGCGCGUUGGAGGGCCCCGAGGUGGACGGCUUCGUCAAGGACAUGAUGGAGCUGGUGAAGCCCAGCCUCAGUGGAGCAGACCUGGACAAGUUCAGGAAAGCGCUGAUGGGCCACUGCGACAUCAACGGGGACGGGAAGAUCCAGAAGAACGAGCUGGCUCUGUGUCUGGGCCUGAAGCUCAGUUAGCCCCCCCCUCCCCCUCCUCCCCCCUAUCGGCACAUUGACUCAGUUUUCCUAUAUUUUCUGUAUUUAAAUGAGGACAGGUUCAAAUUAAGUGAAUUAAAUGUAGAGUGAUAAAUCAGCCUGAAAUGUAGUGUGUUUCCUGACUGUGUAUUUAUUAUACUGUGAUGUGCUGAGACAUGAAACAGUGUUUGCAUGAAACCAAGAAUAAAACAUAUCAAACAA